AUGAUCGCCUUCAUUAUCAUUGUAUGUCUCAUUGCGUAUUUUGCUAAGUCGAUCAUCUCCGACUUCAUGUCAGCUCCAGCUCAAGUGAACGCCGAACCUCCAGUUCAAACAGCCUUUACUCCCAAAACGCUAGCCAAGUAUAAUGGCAAAGAUGAUGAAAAGGUCUAUAUUGCAGUGAAAGGCAGAGUCUUUGAUGUCAGUGCAGGCAAAGCUUUUUACGGACCUGGUGGCCCAUACGAGAACUUCGCUGGCAGAGAUGCUUCGAGAGGUUUGGCUUACAAUUCUUUCGACCCUUCGGUUCUUACGCCUCUUGACAAGCCCAUUGAUACUUUGUCUGAUCUUAGCGCUGAAGAGAAAGAGUCCUUGGAAAACUGGGAAUCUCAUUUUGAGGGCAAGUAUACUAUUGUCGGAAGCUUGAGCAACGAGAAAGAGUGA